GGGGGAGCGAGGGAUCCUUGCAGCAGCUGACGGUGCUCGCUCCCUGGCAGCACCGCAGAUGCGCGGGUCCGACUCCGGCGGCGCUCAGCCCCCGGGGGGAUGCGGGGGGAGGCAGCCCCCGCGCGGGGCGGUAGGACCCUGCACCGAGCCCCUCCGAGCCCCUCCCCGCCGAGGACUCGGAGAAGAGAUGCCCAACUUUCGCCUCGCUGGCCGGGCGGGCGGCGGCGGGGCUGGAGCGCGGCGCAGCGUGCACCGGGGGGACCCCCCUGCCGCCCCCGGGACGCUCCUCGCCUCGCAGAGAUGCCCGGGAUGCUGCUGCUGCUGCUCUGCCUGGCCCUCGGCACCGUCCUGCGAGCCAGGUGUGAGAGCACAGAGGAAUAUGAUUAUGAUUACCUCAGCAUCAAUAAAACCUGGGUCCUCACCCCCAAGACACAGGAGACUGAUGCCACGCAGAUCCUCAACUCACUGCUGAAGAAUUAUGACAACAAGCUGAGACCUGACAUUGGCAUCAAGCCCACAUUUAUCGAUGUGGAUAUCUACGUGAACAGCAUUGGACCAGUGUCUGUCAUCCAGAUGGAGUACACCAUUGAUAUCUUCUUUGCCCAGACAUGGUAUGACCGGCGUCUUCGUUUCAACAGCACUUUGAAGGCCCUCACACUGAACACCAACAUGGUGAGCCGCAUCUGGAUCCCAGAUACCUUUUUUAGGAACUCCAAACGGGCCGAUUCCCACUGGAUAACCACUCCUAAUCAGCUCCUCCGCAUCUGGAAUGACGGAAAAGUGCUCUACACACUCAGGCUGACGAUAGAGGCUGAGUGUCUGCUUCAGCUGCAGAAUUUCCCAAUGGACACUCACUCCUGCCCUUUGGUUUUUUCUAGUUAUGGCUACCCACGAGAAGAGAUUGUCUAUCGCUGGAGGCGCUACUCUAUUGAGGUCUCUGACCAGCGCACCUGGAGGCUCUACCAGUUUGACUUUACGGGGCUGAGGAACACUUCGGAAGUUCUCAGGACUGGGGCAGGGGAAUAUAUGGUGAUGACAGUUUCUUUUGACCUAAGUAGACGUAUGGGUUAUUUUGCCAUUCAGACGUACAUUCCCUGCAUCCUGACUGUUGUUCUUUCCUGGGUUUCCUUCUGGAUCAAAAGAGACUCUACACCAGCCAGGACAUCUCUAGGUAUCACAACUGUGUUAACAAUGACCACCCUGAGUACCAUCUCCCGCAAGCACCUUCCCCGUGUUUCCUAUAUCACAGCCAUGGACCUCUUUGUCUCUGUGUGCUUCAUCUUCGUCUUUGCAGCUCUUAUGGAGUACGCUACACUCAACUACCUGGUGGGAAAUAAGAAACCACUUAAGCACAACAACAGGAAAGCCAGACUGCCUCCUGCUGGAGCACAGGUGAUGCCAUCCUUUACUACCAUCAACAUCAACAAUAUCAUGCACUGGCCCCCAGAGAUAGAGGAUGAUGAAGAUGAAGACCCUGGAUCCCCAUGCCUAGAAGGAAAGGAAUGCGAGAGGUUCUUCUGCUGCAUUGAGGACUGUCAGACAGGAAUGUGGCGGGAGGGGAGAGUUCGCAUUCACAUCUCUCGCCUGGACUCUUACUCUCGUGUCUUCUUCCCCACCGCCUUCCUGCUCUUCAACAUUGUCUACUGGAUUGCCUAUCUCUAUCUCUAGUUGUUCUUUGCCCUCAGCUGGAAUGGACUGGAGACCAGCAAGAUGGGCUUCUCAUGGAGUAUAGAGAACAGCAUCUCUUCCAUUGUCAGUCUGAACAGUCCAACCUUGUGAUUCCCUCUUCCUGCUCUCUCAUCAUUUCUGAGAAAAAAACAGACAGCUUUUUUUUAGCCUUCUAACAUACCUUUUUAGAGAAUAUACCCUUUCCAAACAAUGCACUCUCCAGCACCACCAGCAUUUUACCCCUUGUAAGAUUGUCCAAAACCAUCCUAUUCCCAUUUCAAACAUUAGGGAUUUUGUCAAAAACAAAAAAUGCGUUUCAAUUUUCCAUCCAAUCCUAAUCCAAAAUCCCAUGGGAAGUGAAUGCAAAUGGAGAUUUCCAAGUAGUUAUUAAGACUACAAAGGAAAUAAAGCAGAUCUUACAACUUCUGCACCCCUUCAACCAGAACAGACUUCGUGGAGUGCUAGAGGCUUGGAAAGGCCAGAAGGAAAGAAAUGUGAAAGAAGGCAGCAGUACUGCUUUCCCACAGUAGCUGUGGCUAAAAUGUUUUGAACCUGCCCAGAAAGCUGACAGUGGCACUGACAAGAAAGGAGAAGCUGUAAGCCUCCCUCAGCUUCCUGUAGCAUAUCUGUGGAGCAUUCCUUGUGGAUCACUCCACUUGUACUAAGUGGCACCCAGGCACCCGCCCACUGAGGCGUUGCUAAUUCUCAUCAGAUGGUGGUGAAAAGCCCUUCAUAAGUUUGAAGGGCCCAUCUGCUUUGCUGGAGCAGCCUCUUCAGGGCCCAUGGCGACAUCCUGCUUUUUGAUCAAGACUUUGAGCAGGCUAUGCGGCUUACAGUGGGCAUAGCUAAAAGAGGGAGACAGUCCUUAUGCGACGACGACCAGAAGCAGGUUGAUGAGCCUGUUGUGAGAUAGCUUUCUUUGGCCUGUCUCAUGUGGGCUGGGCUCUAUUGUACCGUGCGUCAUAGCAGAGUGGUUGUUCACAAUAACACUUGUUGAAACCAUCAGAUCUGUGCUUGGUAGUAUUUGCUAACAAAGGGAUACUAGAAAAGGGAACGUGAUCAGCUACCAGUACUGUACCUAGCAGUGCUGGGGAGGGAGGGUUCCUGCAGCUCAAAUAUAUUUCCUUACUUUUUUUUUUUAAUAAUUACAUAAAUCAAACUUCAUUAAAACUCUAUGGCUCCUCCCAGUUGCCACCAAUACUUGGCCCUUUUCUUUCCAAAAUCAAGAAACAGAGCGAGUCAUCCUUGAUAGAUUUCAAGAUGGUCAGACAGUGAGAUGGUUCCUUAUGGUCCAUCUUAAAAGACUAGAAAAAUGCACAAUACAAUCUCAAAUGGGAAGAAACUGUAUAAUGUAAAUGAGGAAACUCAAACCCAAGGCCUAUAAAGUGUAAAUCAACUGCCUCUCCAUUUAUACCAACUGCUGAUGGGGCCCACAGCGUGAUUGUGACAAGCAAUGUGCCAUUAAUAGUUUACUUACUGUGUAAAUUACAAACAAAACAAAAAUCUUUUUAAAACCAGCAUGUUUCAGAAACAAUUAGUAGUUGAAAGGCUUGUCACAAGAAGAAAGCUGGCAGGACUGCAGAGAAAAAGUUAGGAAAGGCUACCUCACAGGACAGCUAACAGGCAGGAGGUUUUACAGAUUCUUAGAGAGCGAUUUGAUCUGGUUUAAAGAUGGAUUUUGACACUGUUAAAUCUGAUCUGAAUAAUGAAGUGUCAUGUUUAAUUCAUUCAUAAAUACGGCCUUCCCGUUCCAGGGGAACAGCUAGAGCACCUAAUUAAGUAUACAAUAGUACAACACUCAGCUAAGUAUAACCUAAUGGGGUCAGACCGGUGUAGCUCUGGAAGGGGAAAUUGUGGCUGUCUAACCUGUUAGUGCUCCCCUUUUAUAAUACCAAGGAAGAGAUAAAGGUUACCCAGAAGCAUAAUUUGCUUAGCUACUCCGACAGCUUUUGAAAGGAUAGAAAGAAAUUAUGGUGGGUGAUUCUAAAUGAGGAAAUUGAUUUAGCAAAAGAAUUAUUAAGGAGGUUCUAAUUAGAGGAAAUUAACUGAGGAGAGGGGAAAAAAGAAUUGUUAAGGAGGCUCUAAUUAGAGGAAAUUAAUGUUUUAGAGAGAAAGACACAGAGAGGGAGAAGUCUAAGAAAAGAAUCAAAACAACUUUCAGACAAGGAGAGCUGCUGGGUGAUCCUGGUGACAGUGCCGACUCCCAGCCAAGCGCGUUGAUGUUCUGCUCCUGAUAGGAAACCGCUAUUAGAUGUAGCUACAGAAAAACCUUCUAUGACUCAACCAUACACUGACAGGGAGCCCGAUUAAAUAAGGUCCUGUGAUCUCUGUGGGGAGCCAAAAGGAAAGAGCAUCCUCUAUUAAAACUGGCUCGCAUGACAGACUCUGAGUGAAGCGUGUCUACACAUGUCAGAAAGCAGUUGUAGUGUGUGUGUGGGAGGGGGCACCCUGGUGGCAACCCAGGGCCUGUGCCAGAUACGCUAAUUAACAGCACGGUGGCAUAAAACGUGUGCCGACAACGCCGGCUGCAGCAAACACAGACGGAGAAAUGUGGAAAGGGAGCAUUUGAGAAAGGGAUAGUGGAAGUGGAAGGGAAAAUUUAACAUCUGUGUGCAAAAGAGUCCAAACGUCUGCAAUUCCCUGUAGCUUUGAAGCACUUGGGAGCCAUGUUGAACACAGAUGAUUGUGGUGGGCAUCAGAGUACAGUCUUCAGCGCAGAGAGCAGCAACUUGUUGAAAUUGGAUGUUUUACAGAGCCGGCUUGGAGAGGAGCAGGGUAUAUGAGAGACUUAAUAGGAUGACAGUGACUUGGGCAGAGUAGACUUGAAAGAUUAUAAGACUUCACCGAGAAAAGAUAAAGCUAACACACACCUAGGUAAUUUAACCAAUGAUGAAAGAUUUGACAGAGGAAAAUAGCCUAGCGUGGGCUGGAGCACAAGGAAGCUGAUUACUAAGGCUGGGGAAGGAGGAGGGAGGGGGCUUUUUGGCUUAGGAAAAUCUGUGCCCAUCAUAAAUAGCUCAAUAAAUAAAGGCAUGCACGAAUUCAAUGGUGUUUUUAAGUUUCUACAGUAUGUCAAAAAAGGAAAGCUAAGAAAAGCCAGAAAGAAAAAUCCUCCAUUUUUUUUGGAAUUACUUUGCAAAGCCUGAGUUUCCAGAAAAAAGGUUUACCUGCUGUCAGCAGGGAAUUCAGGGCACAGAGACAUCCAGUAGCCAUGUGUGGCCCUGUUCAGUGAGGCACUGGGAGCUGAGCCCCACUGGUCCCCUCCCAGACCCGCUGUAGUUUCUGCCAUCAUACUAGAGGGGGUUAUGGUAGCACAGCAUCUUUAAGCCCGGGACAGCUGUUGCCUUUUCACCAGCACAUGACUAGCUCACUCCAGGGGACACAGCCCAAGAACGCACAUCUGAGCCAUGCAGUGCUGGGCAGGAGGGGUGGGCACACCUGAGUGGCUGCAAGACAGAUGGGUGAAUGUACUGCCUCCUCUUCUCACGCAGGUUUCUAUUUGUGAACCCGAUUUAUGAAUUUGACUUCUAGUAGCUUGAUGGAGGAGCCAUGAAUAGCAGCCAUCAAAGGCCAGGUUGGUGCUGGGCUUCUCUCACCUCCUCCAUUCUCUUCCUGGGGAUGAGCGAGUCAGCUUCUCCCCCCUGGCACCUACAGAGGACCUGUGUCAGAUAGCUGCUACGUGACAAGUUUCCUUGCUAGUGGCCUAAGAGUGCUUGUUGAUGGCUAUCAUGGCUGAUCCUAUAGCGGAAGAGCACAUGCCCCAAGGUAGUGAACUUUGCUGCAAAUGUGGUCCAUUACACCUCUUGCUGGACAAUCACCUCUACAGCUUCCAGGAUGAAGUGGACGAUGAACUCAUCUGCCAUAUCUGCCUUUAGCCUCUGCUCCAAUCUAUGGACACCCCCUGUGGACAUAUGUACAGUUUCAAAUGCCUUGAAAACUUCAUGUAGAAGCAUAGCUUUUUGUCCCCUGGAUCAGAAAAACAUCUCUUUCCAGUGAUACCAUAAAUCCAGCCUUCUAGUACAAAACCUGUCAGAUAAGCUGACUGUCUUCUGUCCUUUCAAGGCAGAGCAUUAGCAGACAAUGCAGCAGUGUGAACUAGAAGUUAUCUGUCUUUGUUUCAAAAAGUACAAAUCAGAACUACAGGAUAAAAAGAAUCCAAUUUCAAAAUGGAGGGAACAUCACCCUACCAAGGUGGAGACAAACACCCAAGGAUCCAGAGGUACCAAAUGGAGAAUUGUCACUUGUUGCAGAAAGCUCUGCAGCUCUUGAGGUAUCACUAGGAACUGCAGAGCCGGGAUUGGUUAAUUCAGUUCUUUAGGAAACUGAACAAGACAUUCUUCAAAGAUUUAGCCUUAUGGCUGAAAUGAACACAACUGAAGUUCACUGAGAAGACCUAGAGGGAGAGCUGAAGAAGAAGAUAUCUGAGGGUAAAGACACCAGGAAAUAUUAUUGUUCAGGAAAUCUUACCGGAUUCUGCCACUGCUGCACGUGUGCAACUAGGAGUUGGGGACCAUAUUCUCGAGGUCAGUGGUGUACAUCAGCGGUGUGACUUGCUGCCAAGCUGUCUCCUUCCUGUGCCACCCAGUGCUCAGUACUGCAGCCAGUUCUAUUUAAUAUCUUCACGAAUGAUCUGGACGAGGAGAUCGAGCGUACCCACAGUAAGUUUGCAGACAACACCAAGUUGUGCAGGAGUGUUGAUCAGCUUGAGCGGAGAAAGGCUCUGCAAGAAGGAUCUGCACAGGCUGGAUUGAUGGGCCAACACCAGCUGUGUGGGGUUCAACAACGCCGAGUGUCAGGUCCUGCAAUUGGGUCUCAACAACCCUAUUUAAGGCUACAGAAUUGGCAAUGAAUGGCUGGGAAGCUUCUGAGCAGAUAAGUACCUGGAGUUAAUGGUCUUCAGCUGACUGAGCAUGACUCACCAGUGUGCCCAGGUGGCCAAGAUUGCUGAUAGCAUCCUGGCUUGUACCAGAACUAGUAUGGCCAGCAGGACUGGGGAAGUGAUCAUCCUCCCACCCUGUACUCAGUGCUGGUGAGGCCACAACUCUAAUUCUGUGUUUAGUUAUGAGCUCCUCAGUACAAGAAAGACAUUGAGGUCCUGAAGCGUGUCUGGAGAAGGGCAACAAAGCUGGUAAAGAGUCUGGAGCACAGGUCUAAUGAGAAGCAGCUGAGGGGAACUGGGCUGUUUAGUCUGGAGAAAAGGAGGCUGAAGGGAGACCUUAUCGCUCUCUACAAUUACCUGAAAGGGGGUUACAGCGAGGCAAGUCUUGUUCUCUCCUCCCAAGUAACAAGUGAUAGGACAUGAGGAAAUGGCCUCAAGUGGUGCCAAGGGAGGUUUAGAUUGGAUAUUAGGGAAAAUUUCUUAACUGAAAGGGUUGUCAAGCAUUGGGACAGGCUCCCUAGGGAAGUGGUUAAGUCACCAUCCCUAGAGGUAUGUAAAAGACAUGUAGAUGUUGUGCUUAGGGACAUGGGUUAGUGGUGGAGUUGGCAGUGUCAGCUUAAGGGUUGGACUUGAUGAUCUUAAAGGUCUUUUCCAACCUAAAUGAUUCAAUGAUGCUAUGAUUCUAACAUCUGGCUAAUGGUGGAGACUAGAAACGAUGUCAGCAUUUAUGUUUUACAGUUUCUGUUUGGAAGAUGAAAGGAAGUCAGGAAAAAGGUUGAUUUCUCAUUUGUCUGUCUCCAAUUCCUGUCCUUCCCUCCAAAUUAUGCCAUGUAAGGGACCAUUUUUAGACUGUACGCUUUUCAGGGCAGGGAUUCUCUUACUGUGUGUUUGUACAAGGACUAGCACACUAGGGCUUGAUCUUUAACUGCGAUUUCUGUAUGCUGCUUACUAUAGAUAAUAAACAACAGUACAUACUACCUGUCUUCAACACCACUGUCUAUCCACACUUUGUAAGAAGGCUAAAAAUUGUUCCCCUCCUAAUGGAGUUACUGGAGCUGAUCAAUAUUUUUGUUUCCCCAGAGAAAAAUAUCUUGUUGGAAAUUGGUGGAAAAUGUUGGUCUGAUAUUUUUUGGGGGCAUGAGUGAUUUUUCUGAUUUUUUUUUUUU